AUAUUUCACAUUUGUUGGGAUGCGAACUGCAAUUUGAUGAGGGAAAACUCACAUGAGGAUGAGUUUUUUCAAAAAAUUGUCAAUCCCCAUGAGUCAAUGAAGUUCCCUCAAAUUUGCCAAAAUAAUGCUUGAAUUUUAACUUAUUAAUUGUGUUAAGCCCCGAGGUCAUAAAAAAAAAAAGCCAAUAGCAGAUAGCUGUGAAGUGGUAUAUAAUAUUGAUAUAGACAAACUCACCAUUAAAAAAAGCGUAAUUAAAACUGGAUUUCGCGUCCGAAUUCCGAAAGGGAAUUAUUUUAUUUUAACAAACCAUCACAAAAAUUUAGUGCUUUGCAGCACCGGAAAAUUGUAAAAACCCAUAGAUGGUCGGUCCGUCGGUCGGGCUUGGUCAGAGUUCCAAUGGACUCUUUUGUAGUGGUUCUCUCUCCAGUUUACAGAAGCAUUGGAUCUGCUGUGUUUACUGGCAAGGUGACUUAGCAACGAUUGAAGAAAACUUCUGCUGUGUUAGAGUUUUGAGCUUUGACCAUUCAAGAGCUGUAUCUUCUAGAAUCCUCCUGUCACCAUAAGAAUCGUUUUCAAACUUCAACUACUACAUGGGGAACUUCUUUCAUUUUUUCUUGACCCUGUUUAUACGUUUUGAAAAUUGGAAAAAUUGAUACAUAGAUUUGACAAUAUGGUUUCCCCAUUUCUGAGGAACGGGGAAGAGGAGGAACACUAGAACACAGUUUGGUAUUUUGGAUACAAAGAGGAUUUUGAGAGUUUGGUAUGGCUGUUGCCAAGAGCAACAGCAGCAACUCWUCAUCGACACAACCGUGCAACUGCUACAAAGUUGCAAGCCUGACUGAAACAAUCUUGGACACAAACAAGACCUCAAAGUUGGAAGAUAGAUAUGUUUUGGGAGAGCAAUUGGGUUGGGGACAGUUUGGAGUCAUCAGGGCAUGUUCAGAUAAGUCAACCGGAGAGGUGUUGGCAUGCAAGUCCAUCGCUAAGGAGAGAUUAGUCACACUGGAUGAUGUCCGCAGUAUCAAGCUUGAGAUUGAAAUAAUGAGUCGGUUAUCUGGGCAUCCAAAUGUUGUGUAUCUCAAGGCGGUUUAUGAGGAGGAGGAUUAUGUGCAUUUGGUGAUGGAGCUUUGUGCUGGUGGAGAGCUUUUCCACCGGUUAGAGAAACAUGGGAGGUUCUCCGAGUCUGAGGCCCGGGUGCUUUUCAGUCAUCUGAUGCAAGUUGUGAUGUAUUGUCAUGACAACGGCAUUGUUCAUAGAGAUUUAAAGCCAGAGAACAUUCUCUUGGCUACAAGGUCAUCUUCCUCUCCAAUUAAAUUGGCAGAUUUUGGUCUUGCAACCUACAUCAAACCAGGGCAGAGUCUGUUUGGUACAGUAGGAAGCCCAUUUUAUAUAGCACCUGAGGUACUGGCAGGGGGCUACAACCAGGCUGCUGAUGUGUGGAGUGCAGGGGUUAUCCUUUAUAUUCUCCUUAGUGGCAUGCCACCAUUUUGGGGGAAAACUAAGUCAAGGAUCUUUGAUGCUGUUAGGGCAGCUGAUCUUCGGUUCCCAUCUGAACCUUGGGAUAGAAUAUCUACUUCUGCCAAGGACUUGGUCCAUGGGAUGCUUUGUACGGAUCCUGCAAAAAGGCUCACUGCUGCUCAGGUUCUAGAUCACUCUUGGAUAAAAGAUUGUGGACAAACAGAAGAAGAACAAAAUGAAUGUGACGGCCUAAGUUGUCUGCAAUUGGACUUGGGUAGUGGAUCUUUCUCUACCACACUAAUUGCCAGGAAUCAGGACUUCAGCUUUAGUUCCCCUAUUUCUGGUGAUUCUGAAGUGGGUUGUUCUCCUGCAUUUACAUGUAGAUCAUCAUUUUCUUCUUUCUUGAUUGAUCCCGCCACACCUCUCUUGGUUUCUGGUGGAUUUUCUUUUCACGGUCGUUGUGAAUCAAAUAGCCCAGUGUUCUCUUCUCCAAUUUCCUCAAUGCCAAGCUUUGCAUUCUUUAGCCCCAGCCCUGCAGUUGAGCAAAGGAAUAACAACUCACUGGGUUUCGUGGCCAAUAUAUCAGGAGUUAAUGCAGUCCAGAGAGAAACAAGCACUGGGGAACUCUUUUUAUUGCCGGAUUCUACGACUUGCUUUGGGCGAGAAGCAGGAGAAACGGCAAACAAGGCAGUAGAUGCACGAAGAGGGGGAGUAACACCUGCAUCUAGGGUAUUUGGCAUCCACAGCAAGAGAAACCGUACAAUUGGGCUUGGGGAACUUGAACAGCUUGAUCUCAUGGAGACUGAGUCGGUUAUCCGUUGGGCAUCAUGCACACACCUCCCGAGUGCUGCUUCUCUUCGGUCCUCCCUUGUUUGUUGAUGAAUAGAGCAAUGUUUGGCAGAGGAUGACCAGCGAACUGAACUUGGGGCGGGACUUGGAUGCAGGAGUUGGUCUAGGCUUUGAAAAAUUUGGUGGUGUUUCUUGGUAAUUGAGUCUGAAGUGGCUGAGAAAGCUUGUGUUGGUGCCAGUUGUAGUUAUAGGCUUGACGGGCAGGGGUCGUGUAAUGAAUGAGUGCUGGUGCUUUUGUAACUUGAGUAAACUGUUAGUUUGUUUAUAUUAGCAUAGCUAAGUAAUAAUAGGUCACGGCUUAAUAUGUCGGAGCUUCAGACGUCCAACUUCCAAAUUCAAAUAUCCAUGUGUUAUACAGAGAAAUUUUCUUCC